AUGACCGUACUUCAAAGAUACGCUUUUGUUCUGCGCUGGAGCCUUCUGAACUACCUAGAAAAGUCGAGAAUCUCGAAAAAUGACAAGAAAAGGGAAAGUUUUCAGAUACCGACUCAAAAUUCUCAUGUUGUUGUCCUGGAUCGCGGCCAUUGGAAUCGUGAUUUAUUUCGAAUUUUGGGGUACGGAAAAAUUCAAAAUUUUCCGUGUACAUACAGUACCGCUCAAAAGUAUAUUAAGUUUUGGUUUUUUGGGGAUAUCUCAGCGAGUACUUAUCCGAUUUAUAUAUAACUUUCAGGGAUAAUGUAAAAAUAUACUUUGAAACAUAUACGGUAUACAAAGACAUGUCCGCAAUGACUGUGACGCGUUUUAGGCAUUUUUUAUUGAAUUCCAUUUUUUUUGUUUUUUAUGCUUUUAUUUUUAUUUAUUUUUAUUAAAUUUUUUAAAAUUAAUAAUGUUGCCAUAUGAUUUUUUUUCAUGUUUUCAGACAUGGGAAGAACCUUUGGAAAUAAGAAUUUGACUGAUAACGACAAAAGAGCCAUCGUUGUGGGUCGUCAAAAUGGACUGACCAUGAUGACGUUGGCAGGAAUGUUCGGCGUGACAGAGGCGGGCAUUUCUCAGUUCCUAAAGCGUCAGAAAGCUCAAGAUGGCUCUACUAACAGCCAACGCACUGGAAGACCACGUGUCACUGAUCGUAAUGACGAUAGGAACAUUUUGAAGACGUCUAGAACCAAUCCAAGACUCAUCGCCCCUGCGAUCAGACGGGAAGUUUUCUUGAAUUCGCCAUCUCCGCCAUCCGUCUCGACCGUGAAACGACGUCUGAAUGCUGCUGGAAUCAUGGGAAGACGUCCAGUGAAGAAACCGCUGAUUUCUGAAAAGAAUCGAGCCGGCAGGGUGAAGUGGGCGAAAGAGCAUCUCAACUGGACCCGUCAAGACUGGAACAAGAUUCUGUGGUCCGACGAAAGCAAGUUCCUCCUCUUCGGGAGUGACGGAAUUCAGUGGGUUCGUAGACCAAUUGGGUCCAGAUAUCAUCCGAAAUACCAAUUACCCACCGUGAAACAUGGUGGAGGUUCUUGCAUGGUGUGGGGCGCCUUCUCUGGAAGUGGCAUCGGACCGCUUCAUCGCGUGAACGGCAUCAUGGACAAGCACGUCUACAAAGACAUUCUCCAGAACCAGAUGUUGCCGCACUUGAGAGCCAUGGGCCGUGGGAGUGUUUAUCAACAGGAUAACGAUCCCAAGCACACUUCACUGUUCGUCAAGGUGAGAAAAUUGACAAGUAAUUCGUAUGGUUUUGAAACUCAGGACUGGUUCAAGAGCCGUCGGGUCAAUGUCAUGGGGUGGCCAAGUCAAUCUCCGGACCUGAACCCGAUCGAACAUCUCUGGGAAGAGUUGGAGCGACGUUGUGCCAACAAAAGAGCCAAGAAUUGCAACGAGAAGUUUGCUCAACUGCUGUCUGAAUGGAAUCAGAUCCCCAUGUCUACCAUCGACACUUUGCUCAAUUCUAUGCAGAGAAGAUGCCAGGCAGUGAUUGACGCCAGGGGCUUCGCAACCAAGUACUAGGUCCCGAAUAUUGUUUUAACAAUGUUUUGUGUUGAUAAAAAAAUUUUUUUUUGUUGAGCUAUGAUUUUUUUAAUUGAAAAUAGCAAAAAAAUUCGAUUUUUUUCGAAAAUUCGUUUUUUUCUCGAAAAAAAUUAUUAUUCUUUGAGCUAGCAACUCGAAAUUUUGCCAGAACACGUAUGUCUCUCUCAGAAAACUAUGAAAAAAAAUUUGAAUCGAUAUCGCACUUCAAAAAAAAUUUAUCCCCAAAAAACCAAAACUUAAUAGACUUUUGAGCGGUACUGUAGCUGAUUCACGGCUGGCUUGAGUCGUCGAAAAAAGGGUCCUGACACGAAAAGAGACGAGACAGCGUCCUGGUUGGUGGAGAGUGCAGACAGGCCACGCCCCCUUACAGUCCCAAGCUUGCCGUGAAUCAGCUAUAGUUAGAGGGACGGGACUUCUCUGCGCCCUCCUUGUCUCUAGACGACUCUCUCUCUUGUUGACGCGCUGUUUUCGGGCUUCUCGGACCUCGCCGAUGAGGGAACAGAGAGACGCAGACACGCGAAAACUGUCAAGUUGGCUUGAGCCGUCGAAAAAAGGGUCCGGACACGAUAAUGCAUGAGAUAGCGCCUGGCUCGUGGAGAGCGCAGACAGGACACGCUCCCUUAGCGUCCCAAGCUGAAACAGCUCCCAAACGACCCGAAUCAAACUAACAAGAGAACUGUUUUUACCCCCCGGUUGAACUUUUUGACGAAACUUCGCAAGGAUGUAUUUCAAGGUAUGCUGAUUUCAAAUCAAGAAUAAAAAUUUCUCGACUUUUUGCCUCGUAGUCGAAUUAUGACGGCUUCUACAUAGUAGAUCUCUUCCUGGAAACACUUUUUUUGCCGAAGUCGUAGAAAACGUAUGAAUUUUCUGUUCUCUAGUACUUUGCAUAUCGGUUUUGGUCACUUCAUCACAAAAAAAAGAAAAUUUCAAAGUUACAAAUCUUUUCGUCUCACGAGAACACUCUGUAGAAGCGAAAACCCAGAAAUAUUCGAAAGAUCUUGUUGUAACUACCGAAAUCGAGAUCUCUUAUGUUUUGAGAACAAGUUUUUGUUAAAAUUCCAACAGUUUUCAUAGAUUUCUUCCGGGGAAAAAAAAAGCAAAAAUAGAUUUCGUUAAAAGGAUUCGAACCCUGACCACAGCCUCCGCGUGCUGACACGCUAGCCACUGCACUAACCGGCCAACUGGAAAUGAGGGUCCGUGCGCGAGACACAUUCCUUCUUGCUGCGUUCCACUCAUUUCACAUGCAAACUUUGAGCCGUCAAAACUCGACUACGAAGCAAAAGUCAAGAAUUUUUAUUCUUGAUUUGAAAUCAGCAUACCUUAAAGUACAUCCCUGCGUAGUUUCGUAAAAAGUUCAACCGGGGGGUAAAAACAGUUCCAUUGUAAAGACAAAAUUUCCAGGAGCCUGCGGCUUCAUUCUUUUGGCCACCGGCGAAGGAACAUGCCCAUUUUUGAGGGAAUGUAACAAGGAUAUAAUGAAUCAAAUCUUUUGGGUUAUUAUCAUCAAAAAAUCAUAAAAUUUACCCAAAUUUCUUGAAGGCAACUUUCGUGGCGGAAGAAUGUCUUCCGUCGAUUUGCGUGUUCUUUUUCGGGAUCCUUUUCUGGCACGUCAAUCAUUCGAAGGAGCUGAGUCCGCAGUUGAAGCUCAAGGAAAAGCUGCUGAUUUUUCAACUGGCGCCGGUGGCUUUGGCCAAAUCGGUGAGAAACAUUUUUGGAAGGUCUGACCCGUCUGCGCUCUCUUCUCUCUCGUCGAGGGAGAGGAGAGCGCAGAGAAGUCAGUGUAUCUCAAAUCGAGAAGGUGUUGAAUUUGAAAAAGAAUGUCAUUUCACUUAAGGGUUGAGAAUUUUCUGAAACUUGACUAGAACUACUCUUGGUGUUCCAUAUAGAACCAUCUGGAACUCUUAAGAACCUUAGGAAACUGACAAUUUCGUCAUUGGAUAGUCAUUCUUCAAAAACUCAUAUCUCGGCUCAAAAUGUUCAGAAUUGGGUAAAAUAAAAUUUUUUAACGUUUUCACAAGGUCCGAUUUCAUAUAAAACUAUCUGGUUACCUUAAGAGCUCUCAGGAAUGUGACAAUAUCGAUUUUUCCCUUUUUGAGUCAAAUUAGCCCUUCUAAAUGAGCCCUUGUAAGCUUCAAAAUUUCAUAUCUCGGUUCAAAACGCUCAAAAAACGUCGUCCACUUUAUCUAAAUACGUGUGGUACCUUCAAAAACCCACACGAUUUUUCAAAUGUCGAAAUUUCGGUAUUUUAGUCUAUAUAUUCCUUCUUCAAAAAUCAUAUCUCGGCUCAAGAUGCUCAGAAAAUAAUGUUUUUUGAAGUUUUCACAGGCUCUGAUUCUAUAUAAAGUUGUUCAGAACCCUCGAAAACCCACAAGAGUUUGGAAAUAUCAAUUUUUUGAUGUUAUAGUCCGUUUAGUCAGUCUUCAAAAAUCCAUAUCUCGGCUCAAAACGCUCAAAAUCGGAUGAAGUUUUUAACUGAGAUUUUCAGGAUCUUCUUCGGAUAAAUCAGAAAAUGUUAUGGCCAAACUUAGGGAUGUCCCCAAAAAUUCCCUUCAUUUUCAAUUUUCCAGCUCCACGCCUUCCAACAACUUCUCUACACGGCCUUCUGCUCUUACUAUUUCUUGGAUGACGUCGAAGUUCGGAUCGCUUAUAACGCCUCUUUUGUGUUUUUAAUCUACUCGAUCCCUCUUUUCUUCAUCGUCGACCAUUCCAACUUCGUUAUGAAACAAUUUUUCCCGCCUGAUCAUAUUCGCUUUAUUCGCAAUAUUAAUAUUAGCGUGAUCGCUUAA